UGCAAUUGAGUGAGAUAUACUAGUUCAAGUUUUCUAUACGAGUACAGUAUUGAGUUGUAUCCAUUUGGGUACGUGGGUAAUUCUAUUUCAACCAUAAACUAAAAUGGAAAAAGGAAUACUGUGGUUUUCUACUGUGUUAGGGUUGGUAUUGGCAGUUGCUUAUUGCCAAAACAAUGCACCUGUUCCAGCGAACCAAAACAUUGCUAGCAGCUUGUCACAGGCCAACACAAGAGGAACUAGAGCCAGCCCAACGCUACAACUGGUUUAUGUGGUGACUCACCAUGGUAUAAUGGCACCCAUGCUCACCUUCCCUACGAACCCUUAUCAACCUGAUGACACAAAGUACUGGCCUAACGGAGCUGGAGAGCUUACUCAGAUAGGUCGCAUGCAGAUGUACAAGCUGGGACAAAAGUUCCGCUCCAUGUAUGAUGGAUUUCUGGACCAGACCUACCAAGCAAAGGAAUUUAAGGCUAACAGUUUUAUCAACACCCGCGCCUUGGAUACUGCAGAACUAUUCCUGGCAGGACUUUAUCCGCCCAGAGGGUUUCAGGUGUGGAAAAAGGAUCUGCUAUGGCAACCUAUACCGGUUUUCCCUACUUUGUAUGAUCAUGAAGAUAUUCUGAAUUUUACAACAAAAAGCACAUGCCCGAGGUUUAGAGCAGCCCAACUUGACUCAUUGAUGAAAGCUGACAUACUAUACAAUCCCUCUCUGUCAAACUUUAUGAAUGACAUCGUUCCUUACACAGGCAUUGAUCUAGAGUUCUAUAAGAAGUUAUAUGGUGAUCUAUAUAGACAGCAAAGCGUGACUACGGUGUGGCAUACCCUGAAAUUUAUAGCAGAUAAUGGACUUUCUCUUCCUGACUGGGCCACAAAGGCAUAUCCAGAGCCGGUGAUUUCACUGCGAACCGUGACAGGAAGUGCAUUCUUUGCGGGGUCUUUUGACCAGAUAAGGUUAUUAUCAGGAGAACUGUUCCGAGAGGUUGUGGACAUGUUCCGAUCCAAGGUUAACAACAGCACAGAUGUAAGAAAGAUGUACUACUAUUCAGGUCGCGAUUUCACGAUACUGUCCCUACUGUUGAUGCUUGGUCAGCAGAAUGAUCGCUACGUGAACACUGGGUCUGCUUUGAUCUACGAGCUCCACCGCAAUCCAAGCACUGGCAACUUCUACGUCCAGGUUCUCUACGUUGACGGAGGUUCUCCAGAAUCGGUGCCUGAAGAUAUCAACAUUCAGGGUUGUGGUUCCCCCUGUGACCUCUACCAGUUGUUGAAUAUCACCGAGAAAUAUUACAAUAUCACAAACUGGAACCAAGAAUGUAUUUUGGAACCUGCGAAACCAUGUUGUACAAUGAACUAGAAGUUUAGUUUUUUUUCUUUUAUUCACUAUUCUUAUAUUCAGUAGUAUAGGCUCGAGUCAUGGACUGUAAUAGCAAUUCUGUAACUAUAUAAGAUUUGCUGGUUUUGGAGGAUGAUCUUAGAAGAGCUCUGCACGAUAUAUCAGCUGAGAACACCUUGCACGCCAAUAUUUUUAAUCUUUCACUGCAACUGUAAUAAAUGAUACUUUAUCGUCAAA